AUGCAAUCCUCAGCAACGGACGCCGAGAACGCAGAAAUGCAGGAGUUCUCUCCAGAAGUUGCACCCGAACUUCACAAAUUCAAACUCAAAUCAAGAAAUCAAACUUCGAGACAUAAUCUACCUGAUUUAAAAUUUGAAAACUCGCUUCAGGAAAAAUUGUGUACCCUUACUAAGAUUCUGUAUAUCGAAAGAAAAAUGUGCCUGGUGCCAUAG